AUGUUGUCAAAAAGUAUUACUAUUCUAGUAUUUGUCGAGAAACGGAGAGUUUUACAUUUUCCUAACAUAUUGUUUUAUAAACAUUUCAGAAUGAAUGGGGGAAUGGAGCAUAAAACACCAGGUCAUAAUGCGGUGCUUCACAAAGCGCCUAAAAACUACAAAUUGCUUAUGGACCCAUUCCUGGUGAAGGGAGCAACAAAGUUAUACAGAUACGAUGGUUGUGUCCCUGGUGAUACAUCAUAUCCUCCCGUACAAUGCAGGGAUCCUCGGUCUCAGAUCGCGAGGAUGUGGAAUAAACUAGAACCAGCUGAUCUGCCUGUACCUAGAUUUAAAAUAGAUAGAAACUAUGUAGGAAUACCUCCACAACUGGAAAUCACUAUAAGAAAUUUAAAUGAUAACAUAGAUAAGGCGUUUUUAUCUGAGAUGAUGAAUAAAAUUGGUCCAUGCGAAGAAUUGACAAUAUUCUACCAUCCAAUCACUAACAGGCACUUGGGAUUUGCAAGAGUAGUGUUUCAAGAUGUAAAACAUUCAAAAUUAUGCAUAGAAAAAUAUAAUGGAAAGUCAGUAAUGGGCCAGGUACUAGAAGUCUUCCAUGAUGCUUUUGGUAAGAACUGCCAAGAGAUGUUUGAAAUGAAAACAUGUGAAAAGAAGCCACAGCCUAUUUCAAUGCUUAGUAAACCUGCUUUAGUAGAUGAAGAUGUUCGGAUGCAGAAAAUAGACCCUACACUCAGUAAAAGAUUAGAAGAAACUAAACUAACCUCUGAUAAGGAACCAUAUUCACGCUACAAAGACGUUGUUGAUCAAACUGACAGCAACACGAGGUGGUCAGACGACGAGCGAGAGCACCGUCAUCGGCAUCGACACAGGAGUGAAAGAGAAAGGGACAAAGACAGGGAUAGAGAUCGCGAUAGAGGAGACAGAGAGAGGCACCGCGAUCGUUAUCCUCGAACGACUUCGGAAGCCAGUGAGACCAGCUACGCCACGUCGAGCCACACAGAGGUGCCGUACACGCCGCACGCCGCACACCCGCCUCUCACGCCGCACGCCGCACACCCGCCCCUCACACCGCACGCCACGCACGCGCCGCAGACGCCACACACACCGCAUGCGCCGCCACACACACCGCACGCGCCGCCUGCAGCUAUGCCCUACGAUGCUUAUUAUCAGCAAAAUUAUAGCUACAGCUACAGUGCAGGCGCUAGCGCUAGCACGAGUGGCAGUAGCAUGUGGUGGGGUGACUGGCGACAUCCGCAACACUCGAGCCAUCAUCACUCACAUGAAGUGUCUGUUGAAACUAAAGUUGCAGAGGUAGUGGAACCCCGUCCCCCUGAAGACACAAUAGAAAGUAAAGAGCCUGAACCAAAGCCGCCGCCACCAGCUGAAGAACCCAAGAAUGUUGACUUAGAUACUAGAAUAGCGAUGUUGCUAAAAGGUGCGAGCACUGGCGGUGGGCUGGCGCCGCCGUUCUUGUCGCUCGGUAUUUCGUCCGAAGAAGAAGACGAAGAUCGCUUGCCCUCCAAUAUACCCGAUUUAGACGCACCGCAGCCACCCUCUGAUGACGAAGACUCCAUCAGUGAAGACAGGGAGAGCAUAAUAUCAAUAGGCAAUGAAAAUGGAGACGUGGAUCCCGAUCCAUUGUCAACUACGCCUUCACCGUACCUGUCGAGAGAGAUCUACGUCGACUGUCUCAAGAUAACUGUUGAUAGGAAAAAGAAAGAUGAUGAACGCAAGAAGAUCCCUCUUAUCGACAAAAUCGGGUCGGACAUAUCAUCUUCAGAAGACGAGUUGUUGACCGGUGAGGAACCAAGGAGAUCCCCUGCACAACCUGACCGUGAACAAGACAACUUGAAUGACGACCAGAUGUCCCUGUCAUCACUAUCUUCGACAGAAGCCAAGAUCGAGGAGCAGGUGCCAGCGGAAGCGUACUACCCGGCGUACCCUUCCGCGACCACAGCGCCCCCCGGACACUACUACCAUCAACCAAUGUGGCCUCCUACCGCGUACCCGCCGCCCGGCUACGGCGGCGCGGAGCUGGCGCUGGCGUACGGCACGGGCGGCCCGUUCGGCGCGCCGCCGCUGCUGCAGCACUACCCGCCCUACGCGCCUCCGCGCGCGCCGCACGAGCUGGAUAAUCCUUACUAUCCGACCAUAAACAGCGUCAUAGAGCGGGUAACGACUGAAUUAAAACAGAUUCUAAAGAAAGACUUUAACAAGAAAAUGAUAGAAAGUACUGCAUUCAAGAGCUUUGAGGUCUGGUGGGACGAGCAAAGCAGAAAAACUCGUCAAAUGAAGCCUAAGGAAGAUCCCAGUCAGCCUUUACAGGACAUUUCAAACAAAAAAGAAGAAGCAGUCGAUUCGAUAAAAACAAUAAUGGAGUCACGGGAGAUCGGGUUAGAACUGGGCGGAUAUGGCUCAGGCAUAGGCCUGGGGCUUCGCGCCGCUAUACCUAAAAUGCCCAGCUUUCGGCGUAAGCGAAAGAUACCUUCCCCUGUACUCAUGGAUGAGGAUUCAAGCAAGAGGCUGAGUGAUCAAGAAGAAAUGGUACAGAAUUCUGAUGAAGAAAAGGAAGUGCCCACUAGUCCAAGGAAUAGAACUACAGGCUCCUACUUAUCGAGAAGUAGAAGGCGACAAUCUAGUAGUUCAUCUAGAUCGUCGUCAUCUUCAUCUUCACGAUCGUCGUCGUCAUCUGGGUCGGAACGGAAAGGGCCAGCGCCUAGAAUAUAUUCAGAUACCGACGACGAUUCAGAACUCGACGAGGCCGAGCUUAAGGUGGUAUCAAACAAAGAGAGGCUAAGAAGAGUCUACUCUUCAACAUCGGACAGUGAAGAAGAACAAAGCAGAAGAGAAAAAACUCCUGUACCACAAAUGGAUCCGUGGGACAACGACGGCGAAGGCGAGCUCGUAGACGAGGCGCUGUCAGCUGUCGCCCGCCCCAACAGCGCCAGGAACACUGACGCACGACCUGCUGAGGACACACGGGAUGUACUACUCGAUAGAGUUUAUUCUGAUUCUGAAGAGGAGAGAGAGUACCAGGAACGAAGAAGACGCAAUACAGAGUACAUGGAACAGAUCGAGAAAGAGUUUCUGGAAGAACAGAGACGAAAACUGGAAAUAGAUACACAUCCGCCUGAGAAGCCCCCUGACGAAAGCAAACAAGAAAGAGAGCGAGAAACACGAACAGAAGAUUUGCGUAGCAGUCCAUACAGAAAAGAAGACUACAAAAAGCACCCGACGUCGGCUGACAAAAAUAAACGGGACGCGUUGCUCGAUGGCGAGCUUAGCGACGAGGAGCCACUACGGACUAAACGAAAUAGUAUGGAAAACUCUGAUAAACGACAGAGAAUCGUGUCGUUUAGUGAUGAUCAUAGCAAUACUGAAACUGCCGUCAGUGUCAAUGGAGUUAAAGAGGCAAGCAGCGCUUUAUCAGAAACGUCGUCACCACAAUCGCAAGCAUCACAGGCGUCACAAGCGUCGCAAGUUGCGUUGGACCAUUCCUAUUGUCGCCCACCGCCACACGAAGAAGACAGGCGACCCUCUAAUCAUCUACAACAUGAUCAUGGUUACACAUGGAUGGCAGAACCAGAGAGUGUGGUGUCCCCCGCUGAAGAGCCUACGAUCAAGAAGGACAGUAAGCGUCCGUACAAGAGGAAACAUGAAGUGAAAAAACUGGCAGAGAUACAGAAUAAAUUAUUUUCACCCUGUGAGUCUGAAUAUAAGCAUUCGGCGUACGAUAAAGUCACUUUUGUUGCUCGAGACAUUAUGGCAGAAAUGCAGAUCAUGUAUGAGUUUUUGACACGCGGCAUCGACCGAGAGGACGUCGAGUACCUGCGGAGGGCGUACGAAGCCCUGCUGGCCGAGGACGCGCACGGCUACUGGCUCAACGACACGCACUGGGUAGACCAUCCGCCUACCGAUGUGGCCUAUUCACCACCGAGAAAGAAGUCGAAGCGACAUAAUAAUAUUUAUGAGGAUCUUCAGGGUCACUCGAGUGGUUCGGCUCGCACGGAAGGCUACUACAAGAUGGACGCGCGCCUGAAGGCCAAGUACAAGUACCACCACGGCCGCAGCUCGGCCGCCGCCCUGCACGCGCACACCGACGACAAGAAGGCGUCCAAGAUGCAGCUGCUGUCGAGAGAGGCUCGCUCUAAUCAGAGAAGAUUGCUCACCGCGUUUGGUACCGACACGGAUUCAGAUUUAUUGAAGUUUAAUCAGUUGAAGUUCAGGAAGAAACAGCUCAAGUUUGCCAAAUCUGGUAUCCACGACUGGGGUCUAUUCGCACAGGAACCAAUAGCAGCGGAUGAGAUGGUGAUCGAGUAUGUUGGACAAAUGAUCCGUCCGAUAGUGGCGGACGUUAGAGAGGCGCACUACGAGGCGACGGGUAUCGGUAGCUCGUACCUGUUCCGAAUCGAUCUUGAUACUAUUAUCGACGCCACUAAGUGCGGAAACCUGGCGCGGUUUAUCAACCACAGUUGUAAUCCAAAUUGCUACGCGAAGAUUAUAACAAUCGAGUCUCAGAAGAAGAUUGUGAUAUACUCCAAACAACCGAUAGGUGUAGACGAAGAAAUCACAUACGACUAUAAAUUCCCGCUGGAAGACGAGAAGAUACCUUGUUUGUGUGGCGCUGCGCAAUGUCGCGGCUUCCUUAACUAA